AUGUGGCUCAGCGACCAGAUGCAGACUAAUUCCUUGGACUACACAUCCACAGAGGGAUCAUGUGUCUUUGCUCCUUGGCAAAAAAAACAGCAACUGGAACACUUGAAACAAGAAGUUGAACAAAUGCAGAUACUCAAUGAGGGACCUCGACAAGUUUCUAUGGUCUACCCCACCCAGCUACAUCAGGACUCAAACCAAUGGGAUUCAUCAGUGAAGAUAAAGGAGUGUUUACUGAGACAAAAGGACACAGUGAUUGAUAGGCAUAGACAGCAGAUUUUUCAGCUGGAGCAGAAGAUACGAGAAAAUGAAUUCCGAGCACAAAGGGCCCUGUUGGAAAGACACCCACAUUGUGACCCUGCAUUCAUGGUCAGAUUGCAGCAGCAUGGAUCUCUGUGUGAGAAAGUCUCCAAGCCCACACCACUUGCAGAAGCAUCAAAAGCCAUCGAGAGUGAAAAGGAAGACCUGGAUCAAAAGCUGUCUGCAGCUGCGUUUGAGGUUGCACAGCUCAAUGAAUCGCUCAAGAAAAACACACAGAAAUAUGCAGAAGAUAUAAAGAAGCUGGAAGAGAAGAUGAGAGCGCGUGAGAAAUACAUAAGUGGCCUGAAAAAGAAAUGGCAGAAGGAAUCGGAGGAAAGGCAAGAACGGCAGCAGAGGAUUGAAACCCUGGAGAAGUACCUCGCUGAUCUGCCGACCUUGGAUGACUUUCAAAGCCAAAGCCUGCAGAUCAAGAUUUUGGAAGACAAAAAUCUGCAGUAUGAAGACACCAUCAAGGCUCUGGAGAACAAACUGGGAGAAAAUCGAGUGCUUUAUAGAGAGAAAGAAAUACUCCUAGAGAGUCAGAAGAAAAAGGAGGAGGAACUGAUCACCACUGUACAGAGUCUGCAGCAGAAAGUAGAGAAUUGCCUAGAAGAUGGAGUGCGACUUCCCAUGAUGAACAUCAAGCAGCUCCAAUGUCAGAAUGACCAACUCAGGGAAAGCUGUGAAGCUGCCAAUAAGGUCAUUGACAACCAGCAGCAGCAAAUAGAAACAUGUAACCUGCAAAUUCAGGCUCUGGAGAAGAGGCUGAGACAAGAAACGUCUUCAUCACAGGCCUUGAUGGAGGAACUUGCAAAAACCAAAAUAAAUGUGAAGCUGGAGGAAGAGUUUUCCUCAAAAAAACAAAGUCUUCCAGAAGAAAACUCAACCUCUGGAAAGCAACCAUGGCAAGCUGAUGAGUCCAAACAAUCCUCAGAAGAGAAGUCACUAGCAAUCCAAAAUCUGAUGAAGGACAUGUCCUACUGUCUGUAUGACCUACGUGCACUGUGCAAUAUACUCAUUGAGAGAGCGCAAGGCAAGGAGCCAAAUCUCUCUCUGUUACUGGGGAUCCGAUCUUUGCACUGUUCAGGCGACGAAGGAGAGAAUUACCACAGCAGAGAAUUACUUUCAAAGCAGCUGUCUGAUGUUUGUCAAUUACGGAAAGAUAUUGAUGAAUUAAGGACCAUAAUAUCAGAUCGGUAUGCUCAGGACAUGGGUGACAACUGCAUUACUCAGUGACACGAUGUUCUACUCACAGCGAUAGGAACAUUGACUGGAAGGCUGUUCUGUCACGGUUCUGUGCAUUUCCAUUAAAGAGCCAUAACACAGAGGUGCAGCCAGCAGAUGAAAGACUGAGUGGUGAAUGACAUUUGCAGUUUUUAUUUAAGAAUGUGUUUUACAGAUAAAUGUGGUAUUAAGGCAACAUCUUAUUAUCCUGAAGUUUCUCAGAUUCAUAGACUUAAAAUUUAAGAUUGCGAGGAAAUUCAGUCUUAGUUAGGGAAGUCAAAUUUCUGUAGAUUUUCAGUACUGUGGAAAGUCAGAAAAUCAUCUUCCAAAUUUAGACUGAAGGUAUAACUUUUGUAAAUUUCUGAAAAUUUGUAAUUCUAAGGUAAUUGUCUUAAUCCUAAGACAUUUGGGGAUUUUGGCCCCCUUUAUUUAAAUAAAAAAUAAUAAAGACUUGGUCUUCCAACCUGCA